AUGGCUUUCUCUCGCACUUCGACGCUGGUUCUGGCGGUGACUUCGCUGGUCACUGGCAUCUCCGCCAGCCUGGAAACCUGCGCCAGCAACAGCGCCCUAAGCUGCCAGAGCUCGUCCACAAGUCCCACAUGCUGCUACAAUUACCCUGGCGGUGCCCUUUUGCAGACCCAAUUCUGGGAUACUGACCCAUCCACUGGCCCGACGGACUCCUGGACUAUCCACGGACUGUGGCCCGAUAAUUGCGACGGCACCUAUCAGUCCAGCUGCGACUCCUCCCGCGCAUAUACCAACAUCACGGAUAUCCUGGAGGCGCAGGACCGCACCGAGCUGCUGUCGUACAUGCAACAGUACUGGCUGGACAUCAACGGCGACGAUGAGUCCUUCUGGGCGCAUGAGUGGGGCAAGCACGGCACUUGCAUCAACACCAUCACGCCCAGCUGCUACACCAGCUACACACCGCAGGAGGAAGUCGGUGACUUCUUCCAGAAGGUGGUGGACCUGUUCAAGGGCCUCGAUACGUACAAGGCCCUCUCCGAUGCUGGCAUCACCCCCAGCAGCUCCAAGACUUACAGCCUGAGCAAGAUCCAGUCCGCCCUGAGCACACUGCACGAUGGCGCGGAGGUCUACCUUGGCUGCGACAAUGGCUCGCUGAACGAGGUGUGGUACUUCUUCAAUGUGGCCGGCAAUGCUAUUGAUGGCCAGUAUGUGGCUUCCGACACUCUCACCACGUCGAGCUGCCCGAGCAGCGGUAUCAAGUAUGUGCCCAAAAGCAGCUCUUAA